UUCCUGCCUCGCGGAACACAGAGGCGAUCAAGCUAAUCAGUUAACAAUGUCAGGUGUUGAAGAAACUUCAAAUGAAUCUACAGAGGUUAAAGAAGACAAAGAGUUUGAUGUAGAGGCUGAGGACCAACUCGAGGAUGAUUAUGUUGUUGAUCCGACUCGUUAUAAAUUUUACAGAGACAGAAAGGAGUGGGCUGACCUGGAGCCUGUUCCUCAGGAUGAUGGACCAAUUCCUGUAGUGAAGAUCGCCUACUCCGAAAAGUUCUCAGAUGUUUAUGACUAUUUCCGUGCUCUCCUGAAGAACGAUGAAAGAAGUGACCGGGCCUUCGCCUUGACAGCAGAUGCCAUUGAUCUAAACGCUGCAAAUUACACAGUGUGGCACUACCGGCGAGUACUACUGCAAGCCCUAUCAAAGGACCUGAGAGAGGAGAUGAGGUACAUUACUAACAUCAUUGAGGAGCAACCCAAAAACUAUCAAGUCUGGCAUCACAGGCGUAUGGUGGUGGAGUGGUUGAAUGACCCCUCAGAGGAACUGGAGUUCAUUGCAGACAUUCUCAGCCAAGAUGCAAAGAACUACCACGCUUGGCAGCACAGACAGUGGGUCAUCCAGGAGUACAAACUGUGGGAUAAUGAACUGGAGUUUGUGGAGAAUCUUUUGGAAGACGAUGUGAGGAAUAACUCUGCAUGGAACCAGAGGCAUUUUGUGAUUUCUCACACUACAGGUUUCUCUGAUCCAAACAUAGUGGAGAGAGAAAUUCAGUAUUGUCUGAACCAGAUUAAGAAGGCUCCCCACAAUGAAAGUGCAUGGAACUAUUUGAAAGGGAUGCUGCAAGACAGAGGUCUGUCGUCUCAGCCAGGUCUGCUGGAGAGAGUCCUGGAGCUGAAGGAGACACACUGCUCACCUUACCUUCUUGCAUUUCUGUUUGAUUGUUAUGAGGAUGCCUUGGAGAACAGCAACCAAAAGAAAAAUGUGGAUGAAGAGGAACGAAAGGAAACUUUAAGAAAGGCUCUAGAAGUGUGUGAACUUCUAGCACACGAGAAGGACACCAUCCGUAAGGAGUACUGGCUCUUUUUGGGACGUUCAUUAAAGUUCAAAUAUGGAAGCAGCAGUCCUUCCAACGAGCCUAUGGCAGACAACCCUGAACCGUCAGUCCCAGCAUCUGGGCAGCAGGAGAUGAGUUAGACCUCCAGGAGGCUCACACCAUUUCCACUCCUAUCUUUCUUCAUCAAUACUGUCAGCAGAACCAGUCCAUGCAGUUUGAUAUCACUGUAAAUUCCUGUAAUAUAUAUUGCUGAAGAAGUUUGUUAAAAUAACCAUUAACAUGAGGCCAUCCAGGGAAAGGCACUGAGACACUAACAGAUGAAAGUUAAGGAAUACAUGGAAGUCUCCUGCUUACUGAGAUCUAAUCACAGGUAUUACAUCAGAUGGUUUAAACAAAACAUGAGUUGUUUAUUUGUUUUUGUCUUUUUUUUAUUUUUUCAACCUAAAUCACAGUGAGAACUGACCACAUAAUUACGUAUCAGAAAGUGUCACACAUCUGGAAUUUAAAACCAUUUACAGACAGUUGCAGAACAGAGUUUAGAAUCAUGAGAGUGGCUGUUUUUGCUCUGUUUAGACUCACUCUGACUGCAGCUCACACGCCUGCAUGCAUAUCCAAAUUAUUGUCCAUGAGCAUCGGUGAAACUUAAAUUGAUAUUGGAUUAGAGAAAAUAAUCAAUAGCAGGAGCACUCUGACAUGUUUUUCAAAUACAUAAUUUAUGUUAGAUUGUAGGAGUUUUUGUUAAAAAGGGAGAUGUUACUAUGGUCACACAGUUACUUCAAAUAAGACUUUAAAUGGAGGAUUGUGUCCAUGUAAACCCACUGUUCAUAUACAUCCUGGAACAUUUUUGGAUUGUUUGGCAAUUUUAGUCAGAAAGGUCAUGUACUUGAGUUUUAAAGGUGGUGGUGGGAAAACUUCUGAAACAAAAAUGUAGUAAUAAUAUUGAGAGUGGUUUGUGAAACUAAUUUACCAGUGAUAAUAAAUCAGAUGAGAGAUGAAA